AUGCCCGCGGGUUCAGGCAGUACCAAGAGCAAGUCUCAUACCUGUGAAGACUGCGGCCAGGUUCUAUCCCGGCAGGAUCACCUGGAGCGGCAUCGUCUCACAGCACAUUCAGAGCGUGGUGCCUUCGACUCGGCAUGCACGGCUUGUGGCAGGAGGUUUUCUAGGAGGGAUGUGCUUGUCCGGCAUUACCGGGUCUUGCAUGGGAUUCAUUGCGAGCCACGACCGAAAGGGCGACCAAGGAAGACCUCAAAACAAGUUCCGAGCAAAACCUCUGCUGGUUCUGCUGGUUCUGCUGAUUCUGGGGCUCAGGCUAGCGCCGACUCCAGCGACAACUUCCCGCAAGAGAGAGCUCCAUCCGAGCGCAGCGAAAUCAUUUCAGAACCGGCUUCUGAGCUACCUCCCCAACUUGCCAGCGACACUCUCGAUACACAAUGGGAAAUGCUUUUGAAUGCAACAACGUCCGAACUACAAAAUGCUGUCGGCAUAGCUCCAGUCUCUGACCGCAACAAUAGUCGGUUGACCUUCUCCAACACGUUCCAUCAGGAUUCAGACCUCAAUUCGUAUCCAGGAGUGCAGCCUUUGUUUGAUAAUGGUUUCUACCCUUUUACUGAUUUCGACAGUAACUUUUCUCUCCUCAGUUGGAUGAAUUCCGAGACGCUGGCGAGUACUUACAGCAUGCCGCCAGACCUAAACAUCGCCGAUGUCCCCAUGCAAGGCUUGGAGGAUCCGAGCAGGGCUACGAGGAUUCAGCAAGCAUCAGCAGACAAUUCUAAAGCCCUGAAUAACGGUGUCACGGGGCCUACCACCGAAGCUGACCUGUCGAUCGACAAAGGCGACUCAAUGGCAUCAUUUCCCAAUAUAGACACAUCGGCAUUACCGACUCCAUCUGCAUCCCACGACCCAAGUGCAAGCUCCCCUCUUGAAGAGGCUCCAGAGACUGUCUCGGUGGAGAGAGAUACCAACACUUGGCCGUACGAAUAUCAAGCGGAAGGAGAAGAAGGGAGGAUCACUUUUCCGGUUCUGAAUCCAGAGGACCUCAGAAGAGCACAAAGAUACCACAGUGCGAGCGGAACCAGCUCUCCCCGGAAGAACUUCCAGCUCCUCGGUACGUUUGGGAAAUUGGACGAUAAAAAGCUUUCAAGCAUCAUCCAGCUGCUUAGUCUGCCACUGGUACGAGUACCGUGGCAGGAGGAUGUCGACUUGUUACGGUCGCUCCCCGGGCCAGACAUUCUUCACCACUUCACAGAUUUGUACUUUCUCCAUUUCCAUGAUCUCUGGCCUAUCAUUCAUAGGCCAACAUUCAAGAUAUCGGAUGCACCCACAAUUCUGGUGCUGACGAUAGCCUGCAUUGGAGCGUGUUACUCUGGCCUCGAUCGGUCAAUCGAGUUUGCUGACACGCUUGCCGAGCUUUGCAGGCGGACGUCUUCUUGGAUGGGCGAGCACGAUCCCCGAUUCUUGCGGUCUCCGUCGUAUGGGGUAUCACUGUUAUUGCAACACCUCCAUGCCAUGGGAUCGGGCUCGCGACGCCUUUUCGAGAUGACCGACGCAUCCCGUUCGCGCCUCAUCAGCAUAUCGCGGCAAAUGAACUGCCCCGGACUACAUGCUUCGCGGAGCGACACGGAUUCGUCUGACAAAGAUACAUUUCAAACCUGGCUCGAGUGGGUGAGCAAAGAGCAAAUCAAGAGGCUGGGCUGGUUUCUAUUUGAGUUCGAUUGUCUUUACUCGGCCUUCUCGAAGCAGAGCCCGUGCACCAAAAUUGAAGAGUUACCACCCGACUUCCCCUGUGAGCAGCUACACUGGGAUGCUCCGACGGCAUUUUCAUGGGCGGCAUGUCCAUUUCAGACUGCUCCCCGUGGCCCUCCCACCAUGAAGACUAUCAGUGAUUUCCUGGACAAACCCAGUCCAUCGAUCAUCAGCCCACUUGACAACAUUGGAAAGCGGCUGUUGAUCCGAUGCCUCGGCCAGCAGCUGCAUGCAUGCCAGGAGCAGAUGGACUCGAAACUGUACCAUGUCCUAUGGCGGGACAACAACGGGCUGGACGUCAAUCGUGCUGUUCGGUCUCAGCUCUCUCGGGCCAUCAUGUCCGUGUAUGAAUUCAGCUGGGCUGACCAUCCGCGCCGCUACACGCUCCGCCACGCUCUUCGCAUCGGUAUCGCCGGACACUACAGCCACAUCUUUGGUGCCGGAAAGAUUGUUGACCUGGUAACUCGCGUCGCGCGCAAACGGGCGUCAGGAUUCGACAUGUCGAGACUCCCCAACAACACGGCGUUUGCGUCAAGCACCACCAACAAAGCUUCAGGCGUGGACGAGACGGCCGCAAUCGCCGCAUUUGGCGAAGAUCCCGAAAUCAUCCGGGAGAUGAUGUGGCAUGCUUCACAGGUAUGCUACCUGCAACGCCGCCACCCGUUCAAUUCGCCUCUCGAGCCACUCUCGGUUUUCCUGGCCGGCAUCACCCUCUGGGCUUGCUGCAAGUACUUUUGCCCUCAUCAGGCAUCAAUGCGCGUGGGUCCGUCGAUCCAGCUGGACGAGCCGUCCUUUUGCAGUUCACCACGGUCCAGCCAGGCGGUCAAGGACUGGGUCAAAAACGGGGGCAAGACGUUCCUGGAAGGCGUGGGCGACGUCCAGGACCCGGAAGCCCCGAGUCGCGUACUCCAGUUGAGCGUGGACAUGACACGACGCCUCAAAGUCUGGCAGAUGGCGUCCAACGUGUCGGAAAUUUUUGUCCGCCUCUUGCAAAGCGAGGAGCAGGAGACUGCCCAGCGCCACGAAACCAACUCAUAUCAGCCACAAUAG